AUCUCUUUGGAUAGCUUUCAAAGACAUUUCGUUUUUAUAGUAAGUAUUAAUCAUUUUGUAUCACGAUUUUCACUAAGAUGUUUCGUUCUUACAAGAUCGAAUGAACAUAACAUCCACACGCAAUCCAACAUGAAACCAACUCAACCGUUGUGAAGGGAAAAAGAAACGUAAUGUCGUCGCCACAUCGUAUAACAAAUGGAGAGAAACAUUCAGAUGACACUGCCAAAAGCUCCAGCUACCAUCAUGCGUACUCUCAAUAUCCCAACCCUUACAAUUAUCAAAAUCAUUGCCACGACAAUCUUGUAUACGUUGUACCAUCUGAUAUAAGCGAGUCUAGCGGAGAGCCAAUGACUAAAAAUGCAGGUUCAAGAUGGCGUGAAGAUGAGACGGAAGCGUUAGUUGAAAUUUGGCGCGAUAAAAUAUGUCAAACAAGAUGGUGGAAGCAAAGUAAAGGAGUGCGCGUUAAUAAAGAGAUGUGGGAGGAGAUAGCUCAAAUACUGGCCGAAAGAGAUGUUUUUCGGACACCAAGUCAGUGCCAAAUACGAAUGAAAAAUCUGCUGCAGUUUUACAGACAAACUGUUGACAACAGACGUUCUGAAAAAUCGAUGGAGGAUUUACCAGAAUAUUUUGACAUUGUCGAUCGAAUUAUGUCAAAAAGAGACGGGAAUUUUUCGAGUUUAAUUGACGAUAAAAGUGGUAGUGAAGAUACCGGGGAAACUGCAGAGAACAGCUGCGACAAAGAGCGAAAACGCUCCUACACAGAAACAAAAGAAAAUGAAUCCGGAGACAUUCCGGCAUCAAACAAGGUAAACAUUAAGGCGGAAACAGAACGACAAAAUGAAGAUCCCCGUACUCAUAUAAACGGUGAAAAGGUACGUACCGGUGAUGUGAGACACAAUACUUUCCAUGCAUAUAAUCCGGGCAAUGUCAUCCCAACAUACAUUCCGACAGAAGGUUUUAUGCAAUCGUAUUGGAACAGUCACAAAAACUGCUGCAACGGUGAACCGGUAAAUAAAAAGUCAUGCUUGGGAAGUGAAAGGGAACAUUUGCCUCGCUUUCAGGAAAGAGAAAAAUUACCUCGCUUUCAAGAAAUAAAUCCAAGAUACAUUCCCAUGCGGCAAAACGUCAUUCGCAGUCGUUUCAUGGAAGCGAAACAGAACCACGCAUGCACAGAAGCAUGUGCGACAUCGGCAUGCUACAAAUCCGCUUUGCAACAUUCGAUGCCUCCUGCAAACAAACAUUAUUCCCCUGAGACAGACCUUAGUUCUUCCUCGCUGCGUUUCAUCCAAGAACUGUUAAAUCUUCAGUAUAGACAAAUGGAAAACUUUCUUGAAAUGGAGAAAAAAAGAUUGGAGAUUGAAGAGAAGCGACUGCAAGAGUCAAGAGAGUCAGAUGAUCGACAUUCUGCUUUCUUGAUGGAAGCUGUCAAAAUCUUAGCUGAAUCCUUUCGAAAGGUUGAAUCAAAAGAACAUAGGCAGCCAAAAUCAAGUUGAGAGUGCCUCGAUCAUCCAUAAUCUUUUGGCGCAGCAAUAGAACACUGCUAAAGUAAAAUCCUGCGCCAAAAAGAACCACAGGGUGUCCUACUAGGAGUCACUUCAAGCUACUGUAUCUCCGGGAACGAAGUUGUUUUAACAACAGCACGUUGACGAAUAUCAUUUUAAAAAUCGCCGUUUCGAGUUGAAGAUAUCAACAUUGUGCAACAUCCGUUUAACAUUGUCCAAAUUAGCAGUAAAACAAUGGUGGAGGCCGAAAAAUCUCAAACAUGUAUUACGUAUAAUUUAUUAUAAAGUAUAAAACAAAUGUGUAGGAUAAAAUGAAAUAUUUCUGAUUUUUUUGUUGAAAUUUCUGCAAUUAACCAAAAUUUAUCA